AUGACAAGCCUGUCCACCAAGCUGGCCGAGCUCGAGGCCGCCGGUAAGCCGAUCCAAGUCGGUAUUAUCGGUGCCGGCAAGUUUGGCUCUAUGUUCAUCUCACAGUCUCACCGCACCACUGGCAUGCGUCUCGCAGGUAUCGCUGACUUGUCUGUCGACCGAGCACUGUCAGCACUGAAGCGAACAGGUUUCCCAGCUGAGAAGUAUGAUGGCACUGCCACGAUGUCAUUGGAGGAUGGCCUUAAGUCAGGAAAGACCGUUAUUACUACCGACUCCGCCAAGUUGAUUGCUACUCCUGGAAUUGAUGUCAUUCUGGAGGUCACCGGUAAUCCCGCGGCCGGUAUCCGACAUGCUCUCCUUUGCUGCGAACACAAGAAGCACAUCGUUAUGAUCAACGUUGAGGCCGAUGUAUUGGCUGGGCCUCUUCUGGCAAGGAAAGCAAAGGAAGCCGGCAUCAUUUAUUCAAUGGCAUAUGGCGACCAGCCUGCUUUGAUUGCUGAGCUUGUCGAUUGGGCAAGGACUGCUGGAUUUAACGUGGUUUGUGCAGGCAAGGGCACCAAGCAUCUACCUGAAUACCACUACUCCACACCAGAUACUGUUUGGAAUUACUAUGGAUUCACUGAGGAGCAGCUUGCCACCGGUGACUUCAAUCCUCAGAUGUUCAAUUCUUUCCUUGAUGGCACGAAGUCAGCCCUGGAGAUGGCAGCUGUUGCCAAUGGCUGUGACCUUAGCCCGCCUUCCAACGGCUUGAGCUUCCCGCCUUGUGGUGUCUGGGAUUUGCCUGAGGUCCUGAAGCCCAAGUCUGAUGGUGGCCAACUAGAGAAGAACGGUACCGUCGAGGUUGUUUCCUGCAUGGAGAAGGAUGGCCGAUGGACCUUCAACCACCUAAGAUGGGGUGUAUAUGUCAUCAUUGAGGCGCCAGGUGACUACCAGAAGGACUGCUUCAAGCAGUACGGCCUGAAGACCGACAGUACAGGACGGUAUGCUGCCCAGUAUAAGCCUUACCACCUAAUCGGUCUAGAGCUUGGUGUCUCAGUUGCCACCAUCAUGUGCCGUGGAGAGCCUACUGGACAGACAAAGGUCUGGGCUGGCGAUGUCGUUGCCACAGCCAAGCGGGAGCUGAAAGCCGGCGAGAAGCUUGAUGGCGAGGGUGGAUUUAUGGUCUACGGAAAGCUGAUGACAGCGGAAGAUUCUAUGGCUAUCGAGGGACUGCCGAUUGGUCUGGCACACGGACUCGUGCUGAAGAGAGACGUAAAGAAGGACCAGGGCUUGAGCUGGCAAGAUGUUGAGUGGUCAGACAAGUCACAAGCAGUUGCUGUGCGCCGAGAGAUGGAGGCUCUAUUCAGAAAAGAGUUUCAGGCGCGCAAGGUCAACGGCAAGGCUAAUGGUGUGAAUGGUGUAAACGGUGUUCAUUAG